AUGUCACAAAGUUUCCCGUUGUUCAUAUGCGUUCAUCUGCUUAUCGUUUCCUCUGUGUACUCCAAUUUGAACACCAGAAAAGAGUUCGUCUGUAAGCCCUUUCCCUCACUUUUCUUUCGCAAACCGUUCUUUCCAGCCCGCUCCGAUUGUGGCCCGAAUGGAUGGCUCAAAGCACUUUAUAACAAUAGCGAUUCGACGGAAUCCGAGUGCUACGAAACGCCGAAAUGUCCGAUUAUCAACGGUUCUGAAGUAUGCCCAGAACGGAAUAUCACAAGAGACUUCCAGAAGGAUCCGUUGUCCAACUACGAUCCGGCGAACUUUGAAAAGUGCGAUACUGGUUGGUGCAGCGAGAUUCAAAUUUUAUUGAACAUCAACCUGCAGACGGUCUCCACAGCCUGCCGCCUCAUGUCAUUCUCUGUCCUGGCAACCCGGUCCCAGUGGGCCACGAGCAAAAGUGUCUCGGAUCGGUUCCCGGAAGUGACACCUCCGGAACUUGCUUCCAUCCGUCGGGCACUUGCUUCAAAGGAUUCUGCUGUCCGGCCUGUACACCCUACCGUAAUCCUUCCCUCUUUACAGUACUCUUUCAGUGAACAUGACAAAGCCCUAUGUGACACGUGCUCGAUGCAAUCCGAAAUGCCCACUUCCUUCGAAUUGGACCCUCGCUUUUUGUGAUUCGGAGACCCGGCUAGUCGUGUUUGCCGGUCGAGAAUUGAUGUAUUCGAGCAAGAUACAUAGGAGUUAUUCGAAGUGGAAACCGGAAAAUUGUGAAGGAGACGUGUGAGUGCACAAAGAUUCUGAAGAUUCUGAAUAUGGCGUAAAACAGGAGGUGCAAGAAAGGAGAAGUCUGUGUGAUGAAUGCGACCGCUCCGGAAUGCUGGCCGAAUCCAUUGAGACCGCCCAAAUUUCCUACUCGGACACAUCGAGUUAUGUGCUCCAAAUGUGGAUGUUCUUCGGAAUCUGCACUCUAA